CGCACGCCUUCCGCGCGCGUUCCCAGGUCCCAGCUCCACCUUUAAAAUCCCGCCUCCGCUUCGCCAUUCGGCACGGCAAAAACAUUGGAAUACACCACACCGCGCGGCCAGAACCGCGAUGGCCGGGUACCAACGCACCAUCUCGUUCCCGGCCCGAAAGCCCGCAGCGGACACCUUUGCGUUGGCAACCGCGAGCGACAAGCUGGCCGCGUACCGGAUCCGUUCGGCCAGCCUCCCCUGCCGCUUCCACCCGUUGCUGCUGCAGCUCGACGAAGACGUAGCCGCGCUGCGCCUGGUGAUCGGCCAGUCGCCACCCUCCACUGACGCGCCGACGGCGUCGUCCCUGUCCGCGGCCGCGUCGCAGGUCGGCCGGGUGCUCGUGUCGCUCCCCGAGCUGCUGCACCACCCGCAGGCGCAGGAGCCGCUGCGCCGGCUGGGGAGGUCGCCGUUCGCGGAGCGGCUGCUCGACGACUUCCUCCGCCUCGCGGACGCGCACGGCAGCUUCCGCCAGGCGCUGGUCGCGCUCGCCGCGCUCCAGGCGGACACGCGAGCCGCGCUGCGGCGCGGCGACCCCGCGAGGCUGGCGUCGGCGUCGCGCGCGCAGCGACGCGGUGGGCGCGACCUCCCCCGCCUUGCGGCCGCCGUCCGCGCCGUGGCUGGCAAGCCCCCCACGCUGCUGCCGGAGGACCUCCCCGCCGACACCGCGGCCCUCGCAGCCGCGGUGGCCGACGCGACCGUCGCUGUGGCAUACGGCUCCGCGGCCGUCUUCUCCGGCCUGUCCUCCCUCUCCAACUCCGCCGCCGCCGUUCGUGUCGACGUCGCCUCCACGUCGUGCUGGAUCACCGCCCCGGCAAAGUUCACCGCCUCAUCAGACGCACCGAGAACCAACCACCACCGCAUAUGGUGGGUGGCCGACCUCGUGCGCUGGAUGUCGCGCGCGAAGCGGCGGUCCGCCGAGAAGCAAAACGGCGGCGACGACGACGAGUCUGCCACCGUGCAACUCCGGUCCGAUGCCCGCAUGAAGCCGGAGGAGAGGGCGCAUAAGGCGGCAUUCGAGCGCCACGAGAACUUGGAACGGUGCAUCGCCAACGUCGACGGCAGCGGCGAGAAGGUGUUCCGGGCUUUGGUCAACACUAGAGUCUCGUUGCUCAACAUUCUGAGCCCGAGCUUCUGAUGUCCGAAGACUCCGAACCACUCGAAUUAAAAUUUCAGACUUUUUGUCUUAGUUUGUAUGCUUCGACAAAAUUUGUACAUAUAGUAAAUUAUCGUCCCGGAUCCAAUAUGCUCGUUCCCCUGCAUCUUUCAAGAGAUUUGAAACCAAGCGUUCUAAAUUGCAAAAGUCGGAAUUUUGGCCA